CGGCGCAAACCGAUCUUCACUUGAUUUCACUGGGAGGGUCUAUCUUUAUCUAAUCUUGUCAUUAACUGUUUGUGGUAUUAUCUUCGACAGUCAUACGGCACGACACUAAAUGAUAUUAUCCUUCUCAAAUCAUUGAGACUUGCUGCAUCAAUACAUCCCUAUUUGGGUAGCCAAGCUCCCAAAAGCUUUGACCGCAGUUGCAUCCACGUGGAUUCCAGCCAUCCCACCAGAGUCUCACUCCCCCACCAGGAAACGUCCACUUCAAGGGACCGCACACCAUCCUUGUCUUGCUCUGUCUUUUGUGCCGUAUUCUUGACGCGGCGUCUUUUUUUUCUCUCUAUUCAUACAACUGCCUAUGAGAUUGCUUUAUGAAGCGAUCCUCCUACAAGAGCUGAAAGAUGGCCGAACAACAGCAAGAGGGCCAUUCGCUCUCAUCCAUGUUCCCUAAUCCGCCUCCCUUUUGGCAAGACUUUACAACAGAUAAGAUUUCUCGGAUUCAAGAACUAAGGAAUUCAUACAUCGCAGAGCAUGGUGGCGAUCCUUUGACAGUCCGCGUGCCUGAUGUUCCCGGAGAUCUCGUCAAUCUGCAACCUCCGGCCGAGCCAGCUGAUGGACGCUGGCGUGUAUUUGGCGAUCAGUACAUGCUGGACGACAAGCUUCCAACUCUCGAAGACCAGGGGAUUACCAAUCUUCCUUCAUCAUCACAGUCCGAGUCCAAGGAUGCUAAGCGCUUUGAUCGCGCCUUUGAGCUCAAACGGCUAGCUAAAUCGCUUCUAUUAAACUUUCUCGAGCUCUCUGGAACAUUAUCGCAUAACCCAUCGCAUGCCGAAGCAAAAGUGCAAGACUUGCGCACACUCUUCAUCAACUUUCAUCACAUCCUCAACGAGUACCGGCCACAUCAAGCACGCGAAUCAGUCAUUGCGCUCAUGCAAGAGCACCUAGACCGCACGCGGGCUGAGACCAUGGCCAUACGGAUACAGGUGGACAAGGCACGCCGCGUACUCGAUGGCUUGGGCAGCCUAAGCGUACCGGAUGUGCCCAAGGCUUUAGGACAGAACACCGAGGAGGAAGAUUUGGAGGCAUUGGCGAAACAAAGAGAAGCAGACGUGUGGGCGGCCACAGAUGCCUUAUUUACUUAAGGGCGGGUAUUGGAACAGGCAUGAGAUAUUGUCCACAUCGCCAGAUUAUUAUCAAGGGAGUUGCAAAGAUCAACUUCCCAACGAACGAGACAGUCAUCCCACAUUGGGCAGCUAUUUGUCAUAUCAUCUCAGAAAUUAGUCCCCAAGGAUGAUCGCAGCUGGAGUUUUGGAGCGAGGCGAAUUCUAUCACAAAACCUUAUGUAAUGGGCAUUUUGGAGAGUUUACAAAAAACGGGAUUCACACAGCCAAGGUCGAGAUGUAUGCGGCAUGGAGCGAACCUCAACAUAUAUGCGCAUACAAGUGCACACGCAUCAAGCCAGGCUUCGGGUUGUCAAAAGGCGGUCAUAAACUUCGUCUGAGUCGUUGAUUCAAUAUACACUCUUCAGCUGCGCUAUGUUUCCCAGCAGCAUCGCAACGCACAAAGGACUAUAAAGCUCAAUUAUCAAACAAUAAACACCCGGCAUUGUUGCCUCGCGACGCAUAUCGUUAUUCGACCCCCCUUUACAAGAUGGUGCAGGGGAUACAGCAGCAUUCGUAGUCGCCACACUCAAUACACUUGGUUUUGGUACCCGUGGCCUCGGAGGGCUUGAUGAUGGACUCGGCGAUCGAAGUGGCAGCGCUGCCGGGACCGUUGCGGUCGUAGAGACAUUUGGAGGAACCGCAAGCCAUUUUGGAGGUUGUUUGGAAUUGAUACGGAAGAGCUUAGGACGAUCUGCAGUUUAGCUGGGUUAGCGACCGUUCAUUUUGGACUUCCAUAAGUCGAUGCACAGGAAUAGAGAAGAAGAGUAUAUUUGGUUUGACUUACCGAUGCGAUAAUGAAGCCAGUGAGAUUUAGGGGUUUAGAAGAAUGAAGUUCCAG